AUGUAUGACACUAAAAAAAGAAAAUACAGUUUUAAUACUGUAAAUGACGUAUUGGAAGAAAAGAAAAUUUGUCAUAAUGUUUUUAAUGGAAACGAAGCUAAAUUUUGUGGUAAGCUUGCUGAUCUUGAAAAAUAUAAAAAAUACUUUUCUGAUAUCAAAACGCUAUUCAAUGAAGAUUUAGAAUCUAAUUUAAUUGUCUAUUCCAUUGUAAGCAUUAUACCAGACAUUGCUUAUAUUACAACUAAUAUAUAUGCAAGUCAUACUGUUGAAUUGCUCAUCAAAACAUUAAUUAGUGUUUUGUUAGACGGUGAGCUAGAAAAUUUUUCUGGCAAAGAUGAAGUAAAACGUUAUAAAAAGCUUUUUACAGAACAUUUAAGUUCUAUACUGCAGCAAUUAAUACCAAACAAUAUGAAUGUUUUAAUCUGUUUUAUAUCUCAUCGUUAUCAAUCGUUCGUAAUCCGGACUCUGAUAACUGAAUGUGCAAACAAUUACGAACAUCCCAAUCUGAAGGAAAUCAAUCAAUCUCUUCAUAAAUUUGAAAACGAGUUUUUGGAUUGUAUUCAUAAGACUGAAUUGGAUCGUUUAUGUGAAGAUACGCGGGUCUCGGCCACUUUACAAGCUUUAUUUUAUCAUACCAAAUUUGACGUAUCACUUUCAAGCCGAAUGUAUGAAAUGCUCGUCGUUAAAAACGAUGAACAUGUUUGUAUCGAUUGGUAUGUGACUUCUGAUAAAGAUAAAAAGAAAAACUUCAUGCUCAAUUUUGUAAUCGCAAAUUAUUUUACUGAUGACGACCGCUAUUAUGUUUUGCACAAUUACUAUUUAGUUUUGGAGGAUUCUGAAUUUGCCAUCAAUAAAAUAUUGGCCGUCGAACGAUCUGUUCAGAUAUAUUAUUCGGUUGAACUCCACAAAACUUUUUAUAACAAAAUUUAUUUUGAACCAUAUGAAGUUGAGAAUUUUAUUGAAUUCGUAGAUACCAUUACUGAUGAAUAUGGAUUAGAGUACGAUGGUAUUGAUACAAAUAGCGAAAAAUGCAAAUUGAGGAUUGAAGUCCCAGCAAAUAGAUACGAUCUUUUGACGCUCGAAGGCUUGGCUGACUCAUUAUUACGUUUUAAAAGUAAAGAUUGCCAAAAAUUUUACGAACCUCUCGCUGCAAGUGAUAUUUAUACUGAUCUACGAGUAACCAAAAACACGUUAGCAAUACGUCCUUAUUGUAUUGCAGCUGUCUUUAAAAAUGUAUCGAUGGAUGAACAAGCAAUGGCUUCGUUUAUUUCUUUGCAAGAUAAAUUACAUCAAAACAUUGGAAGAAAUCGAAAAUUAGUAGCUAUAGGUACGCACGAUCUUGACAAAUUAACACCCCCGUUCAGAUAUGACGCGUUACCUAAAGAUCGUGGAUUUCAAUUUGUGCCUUUGAAUUAUUCCAAAUUAGUCGAUGGGAAUGGAAUGAUGGAACUUUUUAAAGAUUCUUACUUAAAACCCUAUCUUUCCUUGAUAUCUAAUUUUGAAGAUUUUCCAUGUAUUCUUGAUGCAAACAACAAUAUUUGUUCUAUUCCCCCAAUAAUUAACGCUGACUUUUGUAAGAUUACUUCGAACACAAAAAAUAUUUUUGUUGAAAUAACCGGGAUUGAUUUUGUCAAAAUGGAAAUCGUGCUAGAUAUCAUUGUUCACUUCAUGUCGAUAAUAUCAAAUAAUUCAUCGCCCGUACACAAAGUCAUGAUUGCGUACGAUGAAGAUCACCCUGGUGUGUUUUCAAUGGCUUCUAGAGAAACAUAUAAAACGUUAAUAACCCCUAGGUUGUUAUCAAAUAAAAUUUCUUUCAACAUUAAUUAUUGCAAGCAGAUUUUAGGAGAUUUACCUAUUGAUUAUGAUAUAAUUACUGAUAAAUUACUACCAAUGAUGGGAUUGAGAAUUGUCGACAAAGCAGAUGAAAACUACAUUGUUGAAUGUCCUAUUUAUCGUAAAGACAUAUUACAUGCUUGUGAUAUUUGUGAAGACAUCGCUAUUGCUUAUGGAUUUAACAAUUUCAAGUUUAAAUUUGAAAAAAUCGCGUUUGUACAAGAUUUAACUAGUGUGUGUGAACGAGUCAGAAGACUUAUUACUUGUGCUCAAUACAAAGAAUGUUUGUCAUUUGGAUUAGUUAGUUUGAAAGACCUAUUUGAAAAUUUAAACAGAAAUAAAAAAAAAAUCGAUUUCAGUUCACAAAACUAUGAAAUAAAUCAAUAUUAUGAUUAUUUAGAGCCCGUUGAAUUGGAAAGUCCUAAAAACAUUACUUUUGAAGUAGUCAGAACUUCCUUGAUACCUGGGGUUCUUCAUACAUUGUCUUCAAACCAAGCAGCUGCAUUGCCUUUGAAAAUAUUCGAAAUCGGUGAUGUCAGUUUUAUCGUGAAAAAUUCCGAUGUUAAAUCUCGCCACGCCACCAAUCUUUGUGCUUUAUUUGCUAAUAAUACUCAAAGCGGUUUUGAAAUCACUCACGGAUUGUUGGAUUAUCUCUUGAAAUCGUUGGGGUAUACAUUUUUAUAUUCUGAAAAAUCUAAAAAUAAAUAUCCCCAAUACUGGCUUGAACCGUGCAGCAAUUCUAUCUUUGUUGAUAAAAGAUCUGUAAAAAUUAUUUUAAAACAUGAAUCAAAUGAACAAAGAGUUUUAGGAAUAAUGGGUGUAGUACAUCCAUCUGUUUUGGAAUGCUUUAACAUACCGUUUCCAUGUUCCUUGUUCGAAAUUUCAAUCGACGUAUUGCUUGACUGCGCUAUAAAUAAAUAUAAACCUUAUAUGAGUUUUAAGUACAUAAUAUUAAUGCAUAACUAG